AUGAAUAAUCAAAAGAGAUAUGAAUACUCGCCUCUUGAAGAAAUAAUUCUUCCAAAGAAAAUAAAAAAUGUACAAUUUUGUGAAGAUAUAGAAGAAGAUCAUAAAAAUGAAAUAAAUGCUAAUAGAAAUAUUAACAAAAUUAAAGAUGAACUAUUAAAUACAAACAUCUCAUUAGAUACUUGUCAAAAACAUAAGGAUUAUUAUUUUAAUACAAAAAAUACAAAAAAUAUACAAAAUUAUUUUUUCUUCUAUGAUUAUAGAAAGUGUAUAUAUAACGUAGAUGGGAAAAUAUAUAUACAGAAUAAUCCAUUCAACAUAUUAAGUGAUAAUAAAAAACGUGAUGAAAGGUUAAGCAAAAAUAUAAAAGUGGAAAAUUACAACACAUUUGAAUAUGCUUAUAAUAUAUAG